CCUCCUCUCCUUGGCCCCGCGAUUCCGAGUGGACAGCGGACGCGCAGCUCGCAGCGCAGCGAGCGGUUCAGUCAGUCCGUUAGAUCGGGUGCCUGGUUGUAGUGGCUGUGUCUUCUCCAACGAAAUCGUCGAGCCAUGUCAUCGCCUCGGGUCGCUGUGGUUACAGGUAGCAACAAGGGCAUUGGGUUCUGCGUAGUUAAGUUCCUGUGUCAACAGUUUGAAGGAGAUGUCUUCCUCACAGCCAGGGAUGAGAAGCGUGGGAAUUCAGCCGUGGCAGAGCUCAACAAGCAGUUGCUGCGCCCAAAGUUUCACCAGCUUGACAUCGACGACAUUGAGAGUGUACGCAGAUUUCGCGACUUCCUCAAGAGCACAUACGGUGGCCUGGACGUGCUCGUGAACAAUGCCGGCAUUGCUUUCAAGCAAGCCUCUACAGCACCGUUUGCAGAACAAGCGGAGGUCACUGUGAAGACGAACUUCUUUGGGACACUCAAUGUCUGCAAGGAGCUCUUUCCUUUGCUGCGGCCACACGCCAGAGUGGUUAACGUGAGCAGCAUGGCCGGCAUGCUCCAGAGAAUUCCUGGAGAAGAACUCAAGAAAAAGUUUAACAACCCCGAAAUUACUCUAGAAGAGCUUUGCAGCCUCAUGAAGGAGUUUGUGCAGGAUGCUAAGGAUGGCAAGACUGAUGAAAAAGGUUGGGGGCAGUCGGCUUACAAUGUGUCCAAGGUUGGAGUCACUGUGUUGUCCUUCAUCCAGCAGCGUGAAUUCAAUGCAGACCCUCGAGAGGACCUGGUUGUGAACGCUGUGCAUCCAGGCUAUGUGGACACUGACAUGUCAAGCCACAAAGGGCCCUUAACACCGGAACAAGGUGCCGAUGCUGCAACCUACUUGGCUCUCCUGCCUCCAAACGUCCAGUCACCCAAAGGAGAGUUUGUCUGGCAUGACCGCACGAUUACCCCGUGGGACAAGUAAAAGAAAAAAAAAGCCCUUAAUGCACUGAACUACCUACGAUCUUGUAUUCGUAUAACCCGGCACUUUCUGGCCCCUCAAGAACAAAACCAGUAAAAGCGUGCACACGGCUUACUGUUACUGCCGAGAAAAAAAAAAGUGACCUGUUUUGUUUUUGUAUUUUGUUUUUGUGAAAAUAAAAUUUCAUCUGAA